AUGGAUUAUUGGCAAACGACACUGGACUGACUGGAGAGACACUCAUGGCAAACGACACUGGAUUGGUUGGAGAGACACGUAAGGCAAACGACACUGGACUGGCUGGAGAGACACGCAUGGCAAAUGACACUGGAUUGGCUGGACAGACACGUAAGGAAAACGACACUGGACUGGCUGGAGAGAGACGCAUGGCAAACGACCCUGGACUGGAGUAUCGACAACGAGCAGGACACGGUAAAAACAAGAUGCAAGAGAUAAAUUUGGUGAAAGGAAAUACUUAAAGGAGGCAACUGUGAUUGUGAAUGUGGAGAACGUAAAUGAGGUGAGAGCUGUGGAUAUUAUUAAAGCGGUGACGGACAAAUGUGGAUAUGGGAAAAUCUUAGCACUAAGGCCAAGACAAGGAAAGGAAUAUGAACUGACAAUGGAAAGAGAAGAAACAUGUGAUGAACUGACUGAGGGAUUGUUAAUUAAAGGAGUGAACUGUGAAAUAAAGAAACUGCAAAAUAGAGAUUAUGUUGUUUCCUUCAUGCACCUGCCCGUCUACCUUGAUGAUAAAGACAUUUUUAGAAAAUUGGAGGGAUGGGGAGUUAAUCCCAUAUCAAAAUUAAAAAGAAGAUGCUACCCGGGCACUGAAAUAGAGGAUGGAACAAGGUUUUUAAAAGUGCGAUUCCCCAAGGAGGUGGCAUCAUUGCCCUACAGCACAAAGCUGGAAACAGCAGAAGGGCCGCAGUACUUUAGGGUGAUGCACAGCCACCAGGUGAAGACCUGUAAGCUGUGCAUGAGCCCAGAUCAUCUGCUUAAGGAAUGCCCUGAAUUUAAGUGUCACAAGUGCGAGGAAAGGGGACAUUUUGCAAGGGAUUGCAACGCGGUCAGAUGCCCGGAGUGUCAAAAGAUUUUAAAUAAGUGUGAGUGUUGGAUGGAGGGAGAGGAAGGAGGUCUGGAGCAUCAGGUGGACGGACAGGUGCAUGAAGGAAACACUGAAGAGGAAGGAGAUAUUGAUGAAGGACAAGGGGAUGAAGGAUUACCACAGAAGGAAACAGAAGGAGGAACAGACAACCAAGAGAAAGAAGAAGAAGGAAAAAGUAAUGAUAUGGAUGAGGAACAAACAGUAGAACAGAAUACUCAGUGGACAGAAAUGGAAAUAUCGGACAGUUUUAAAAAUCUUUUGGAUAAUGUGGAGAGUGAUGGACAAGGAAUGCAUGAUAAAAACAAAGAAAUGGGCAGCGAAGAAGAAACAAGGAUGGACAACAUGGGAAAAGACAGAGGGGAAAGAGGACAAAGUAGAAGGAGAACAUUAAAGCAUGCUACAGAAGCACAGCAUGGCAGCAGAUAAAGAAAGAGAACAAACCAUGAUGAGAAGAAGUAGCAAUGGGAGGAAUGAAGAGGAGGAGCAAGAAGAGGUAAAGUCAAACAAGCAGAGAUCCAAAAUUUACAGGAGACAAGUAAAGUCACAGGGAA